CGGCGGGCAGCGGCGCGGCGCCUGACCGCAGGGCUCCGCUCCGCUCCCGAGGAUGCUGCGGGGCGAUGCCCGGCGACAGGGAGGACGAGAUCUGCCAGAAAGCGCUGCAGCUGCUGGCCGAGCUGUGCUCCGUCGGGGCGGUGGAGAACGAGAACUGCCGCGAUUUCAUCUACUACCUGCGGGACAGAGCCCGGCCCCGCCUCAGCGACUCAGACAUCUCCAUAAGCCUGCUGUCCCUGGUUGUCACCGCCUGCGGCCUGGCCCUGUUCGGCGUGUCCCUGUUCGUGUCCUGGAAGCUGUGCUGGAUCCCGUGGCGGGAGCGGGGAUUGCCCUUCGGGAACAAGGACAGCAAGCAGGAGCCGCUGCACUACGCGGGUGCGGAGGCCAAUGAGCGCGACUACAGCGAGGAGUACCUGGGGCAGCCCGCCGCCUUCCCCGAGGCCUCCAUGAAGAUCAGCCACACCUCCCCGGACCUGCCGCUGGACACCCAGGACAAGGAGAACUGCGUGCCCAAUGUGCGCAUGCAGCGCCAGACCACCGAGCCCACCUCGUCUGCACGGCACAACUCUCUCCGGAGGCAGCUCAACCUGUCCAACCCUGACUUCAACAUCCAGCAGGUGCAGAAGCAGGAGCAGCUGACGGGCAUCGGCCGCAUCAAGCCCGAGCUGUACAAGCAGAGAUCCCUGGACACGGAUGACGGCCGCAGGAGCAACAGCAAGGCCUGUGGAAAACUCAACUUCAUCCUCAAGUAUGACUGUGAUCUGGAGCAGCUGAUAGUGAAGAUCCACAAGGCCGUCAACCUGCCCGCCAAGGACUUCUCUGGAACUUCAGAUCCCUACGUGAAGAUCUAUCUGCUCCCCGACAGGAAAACAAAGCACCAGACUAAAGUGCACAGAAAGACCCUAAAUCCAGUGUUUGAUGAAGUUUUUUUAUUUACUGUGCCCUACAAUGAUCUCAGCACAAGGAAACUCCAUUUCUCUGUGUAUGACUUUGACAGAUUCUCCAGGCACGACUUGAUUGGCCAAGUGGUAGUGGAUAAUUUUUUAGAUUUGGCAGAUUUUCCCAGGGAAUGUAAUAUUUGGAAGGAUAUUGAAUAUGUCACCAAUGAUAACGUGGAUCUUGGUGACCUUAUGUUUUCGCUCUGCUACCUUCCAACAGCUGGUAGACUAACUAUUACAAUAAUAAAGGCAAGAAAUCUAAAGGCAAUGGAUAUCACAGGAGCAUCAGAUCCCUACGUGAAGGUUUCUUUAAUGUGUGAAGGAAGGCGGCUAAAGAAAAGGAAAACUUCCACCAAGAGGAACACCCUAAAUCCCGUUUACAAUGAAGCCAUAGUCUUUGACGUCCCUCCAGAAAACAUUGACCAAAUUAACUUGUCGAUAGCUGUUAUGGAUUAUGACCGUGUAGGUCACAAUGAGGUCAUUGGAGUUUGUCAAGUAGGCAACGACGCAGAGAGUCUAGGUCGCGACCACUGGAACGAAAUGCUCUCGUACCCUCGGAAGCCCAUCGCUCACUGGCAUCCUCUUGUGGAGGGCCCUAUUCAGCAGGAAUGUUAUGCAGGUCUUCUGCGCUUGGAUGGCUGCCGAAGAGGCUUCCUCACCCUUUUAACCUAUUCAGCAGAAAUUUGGCAUUCCUGUUGAACUCUUUCUUAGCCAUAUCCUCAGGGGCUAUUCCACAGAGUCCAGUGGGGAAUCAAGUGGGGGAGGGUGUCCAGCGCAUCCAGGCUGUGCAGAGAAAUAUAUACACAGCAUAUCAUUUUGGUUCCUGAAUCAGGAUUAGACUCAGCGAGAGCUUCUGGAACCUCUGUGGCCACAGCCGUAGGACCCUGAAUAUUUGCUGAAUAGGACCCUCAGUCUUCUACUGUGUGAAGAGCUAUUGGUUUCAAAUAGCGUGAUGUUAUCCACUUGUAGCAUUAAUUUUCCAGCUGACACUACUGCUACUGAUAGAUUAUUUGUAUGGUCGUAAGCAUUACCCAAAUUGGAGUCAUCAUUUCUGUUCAGUAGAAUAACUCAGGUUUACAAGCAAAAUGAUAGCAAUGUAAACCAACAAAUAUGGGAAGCAGCAACAGAUAUUGUCCUUGUACUUGCAAAAAAGGUGCAGUAUUGUGAAUGAUUAGCUUUCUUAGUAUUUUUUUUUUCAAGAAUGAUUGCCAUCAGAUACUUAUUUUUUGAUGACAAGUUGCGUCCUCAGUCUCAGCUGGUGCCUCCUUUCACCUGACGUGAAAACAAAUUAAUAUGGUUCCUUGCAGAAAUCCUUCAAAUCUGAAAAACUGUAAAAAAAGUUCUGCUGGGUGAGAACAAGAUGCAUAUGGUAUUUGUAAUGACAGCAUGUUCUUUGAGGGAGGAGAUAACCAUCUGUAUAACAUGGAGGUUGUUAGUCCUCAACCUUUGUGGAUGAUUUUCCAGUCAACGUUUCUGAGUCGUGUCCACGGCACUGCAGACUGUUGGAAGUGUGUCCCAGGUGGCAAUGCUGGAUCAUACAAACACACACACACACCCCCAUGUCGUCUGAAAAUGCUGUUCCAAAUAUAUAGUGCCUGUGAAGACUUCCUUUAUUAUUUGUGGUAGAGUUAGCAGGGCUGUUUUACAUGAUGGCAUAUUGUAAAUUCUGACAAAUUCUGACCAUUAAAAGAAAAUGAAUCAAAGCACUGCAUUUUGUCACGUAAUGAAAUUUGUACCCCGAAGCAGGAGACCCUGGAAUAAAUUUUUCACCACUCAUUCAGCCAUGCAUGGAGUUCUCUCAUCCUCCAGUGUCUUCUGCAGAGAACUUGACUCACAUCUUUACAUGGGAAUUUUUUUGUUUAAAAGAUGCAAAUGCAAAAUAUGGAUGUUUUAUACAAUACAGCUGUCUGCUGUGUACUUACAGAGAGGGAGCCCUGGUCAUUAGAUAGAGUUCAGAUAAUUUUAUGUGCACACACAUUGCUUCACAUCUUGUAUGUGAUCAGUGUUCACCAAGCAUUUUGGACCUGCAUCUCUGCUGACACAAAUAUGCAUGCACAGAUUUGAAGAAAUAUCUAACAUUUUGGCCUCAAGUCUAAAAAAUUAGUUUUAUAACCUAUCUAUGAGGAUCUUUCACAAAAUCAGAAUUACUUGUGGGUAAAGAAUAUCUUGGAACUUGCAGGAGAUCUUGGAUCUGCUGUAAAUGUAUGCUGCAGGUAUAAAUCAGCCAACGGCUCAAAGGGACAUCAGCUGAAAAGUGGUAUUAUUAUAAUUGCCAGUGGUUUGCAGUUCUUCUGUUUUAUUACAAUGCUCAGUUUAUUUAAUGUAUCAAAAGAAUUAUUUUGAACAGAGUUCUUCUAAAACACGGAAAGAUAUCUCUGUGACCGUGAGCAUUUCAAGUGGAAUCCAGCAGACUUCAAAGGCUUAGAGAUGAGGAAAACCCCCUAAAUUUAUUGAAUUCUCCUAAUUUUUGCUCAUGACUUGCAAACUGUUACUCAGGCUGUGGCAUUACUAUGUGCUUUUUACAAAUACCUGCCUUAUCAUAGUAGUGCAUCUAUGGAGUGAUAGAGAUUUUAUAUAUUUGGAUACUUCACCUUUAAACUCAACCAGUGAUAUUCCCUAGACCCUAAAUAUUUUUCUGUUCUCGUUCUGGUUGGCCAGUAGACUGCUGCUAUCUUUGGGCUGUAUUACAAUAAUACCACAGCCUGGAAGGACUGGAUAAUUCUGCUACAAACUCAACUGCAAACCCAGGGAAAGCUAUGGUCCCAAUGCUGCUCAGUCUUUCUUCUCUGAGCUGUGAUUCUCAGUGGUAAUCACCAGUAGGCUCACAAGAAUGGUUUCAAAGCUGAAACCCUCAUUUAUUUUCUUAUUUGCUGUGAAUGCAUUAUUACACUGUGUGACAAGUGUCGUAACUCUAAAAUAGAAAAGAGAAUCGCUUAGAAAUGCAUCUCAGCAAGAUUUUAAUCCCAUUUUGCUUUUUAACAACCUGCUAUUAAAUUGUUACCUCUAGUUUUCCAUAAGAAGCCUCCGUGUCAGGUGCUGUUCUGUGACAAAGCAGUGAGUGGCAAUGGGAAAACCUUCAGAGUUACUAACAGUGAGGCCGAGUGCCAUGGACAGUGCCCUGAUAUUCCCAUGACAAAACACUCACAGCACAACUCCUCUGCAGCUGAGUGCACACAUAUCUCUUUAUCUGCUUCCACUGAAAUCACAAGACAUUAAAAGCAUUGCUGUUUUCUUCGUUUUGCUUUUCCCUGCAAAAAGCCCUGGCGGUGGAUAAGCAAACAUUCAUCUCAGUCUGGGGAAGCAGGGACUACCAGAACAGAAAAACAAUAUGUAGCAUAAAAAGCCCAGUGUUAAAAUUGUUCUCACCAGCCAUUGCAUGGCUCAGUUUUCCAUGCCAGCAGAUCCAUAAAACACAAAAGCAGCACAUGUGAGACAGUUGUUACAUUGAGGUACAAUUCAAUUGCUCAUAGGGGAACUCCUGGAUCAAUACAAAAUGAAACAACAGCAAAGGACAAUGCAAAAGAAUGAAAAAAAUGUCCACCCUUCUUGGCUUGAGGGGAUGGUUGCUGAGGGGGCUUUUGGGUUGUUUUUAUUCUUUGGUUUGGUUUGAUUUGGUUUAGUUUGGUUUCGUUCACGUGUUUUAAACACCAAGCAUGGUAUGUAGCUAUAUUAACAUGAGCACCCAAAGGCAGGGACACAAGAGAUAUAUUGAUUUACAUGCUUAUCACCUAGCAACAUUCCAGCACUGAGGGGAUGUGUCUGCAACUGAAAUAAAAAAUAGCUGAAAACUCGUUUGGUUUAAAAGUAACAAACAAUAAACGGGGACCAGGAAAUUCAGUUGAAAAAUCUGUUUGACCCAGCUAGAAAUCCAUCAGAAAUGACUUUGUUGUUAAUACAUUUUGUUUGAACAGAAGGAAGUGAUAAAAGCCGAUCAGGUGACUCCAUCUGAAGUGUCAUUGAUGAAAUGCUUUUUUCCCCUUAGAACAGUGCAUUGCCAAACGAUUGCAUCUCAGUAUCGAGAGAGAAAACAAUGGAUCUCUUAUCUAGUAGGGGGGGAAAAAAAUCAUAUAGUGAAAGUAAUCCACAACACUGUAGAAUUUAACAGGAGCCCCCUGUGCUGCAGAAAAGGGCAGCAGGACAGACUUGGUGACCUUGAACCUUGCUGCAAUUAGUGCCAACACGAUUGAAGGUGACAGCGUGGCAGCGCGUGCGCCAGGUGCCAGCUGCAUUCCAAGAAUGGCUAGCUCCAAGAGCUGCGUUCACAGCUCCUUUCCAACACAGUGGGUUGGGCAAGGAACCCCAGCUGGGAGUUCUGCAGGGCCCUGCAGUUCCCUGGCAGCACAUCCAUCUCCAGGGCCCUGCAGUUCCCUGGCAGCGCAUCCGUCUCCUUGGAGCGCGGCAGUGGCGCUGCCCACCGCGGAAAGCGUCGCCCGCGGAGCGAGGGGGAAGGUGACAGGAGGACUUGCAAACAUCUGGGCUCUUCAUUGGCUCCUUUGUUUUGUCUGGGCUCUUUAGUUCCUCCUCCUCCUCCUUUCUGCUCAAACGUAGACAUUGUAAAGCUGAGGUGUUUUACUCGGUUGCAUGCUGGCCAGCUGCCGUCCUCGAUGCCCGUCGCGAAGGUGUGUGAAGAGAGGUGUGUUGUUUUCUGGUAUCCUUUUGGUUUCGGUAGCACAUCAGCAUUGUACUAUACUUUAUUAUUUCUUGUUCAGUAAGUAGUCCUGGUAUCUCUAUGUUUCAUGUCUAAUUUUGGAGAGCAGGGCCAUACCUGUAUCGAGGCUCUCUCAAUUAGUUGGGCAUUUUGUUUGUUUAGUAGAAAUAAUGCAUGAUUCUUUUCGCGGUGAUGGUUCGAGGGACAAAGAAAUUCUUAAUUUUGUAAUAUGUAUUACAAUCUUCUGAACACAAGUAAAAAUGUACUGUGAUUUAUUUAUAUAAAUCUAGUCUGAACAAAUAAGUUUUGAUCUUAAUAAAAACUGUAAGAAAUUG